CAGGCGCAGAGGAAAUCCCGCCCGCGCCCGGCCUGUGUGUUGUGCUCUCCGUGUUGGCGACACCGAGAGCGAGGUUGGCUAGGCGCUUCUCCGGGCGGUGGCGGAGGGGCCGGCUGCGUCUGCGAGGGAGACAUGUCGGACCAGGAAGCCAAACCUUCAGCAGAGGAUUUGGGUGAUAAAAAAGAAGGAGAAUACAUUAAACUCAAAGUCAUUGGGCAAGACAGCAGUGAGAUUCACUUCAAGGUGAAAAUGACAACGCAUCUAAAGAAACUUAAAGAAUCAUACUGUCAGAGACAGGGAGUUCCAAUGAAUUCACUCAGGUUCCUCUUUGAGGGUCAGAGAAUUACUGAUAAUCAUACUCCAAAAGAGCUUGGAAUGGAAGAAGAAGAUGUGAUUGAAGUUUAUCAGGAACAGACAGGAGGCCAUUCAACAAUUUAGAAUGUUUGCUUUUUCCCCUUUAUCCUUUUUUAUUUUUAAAUAAUAGUUCUUUUGUAAUGUGGUAUAUAACACUGAAUUAAAUCCAAUAUCCCAUUCCUAUGUUUGAAAUAUUAUUUCCAGUUGUCUGUUUUGAAUUCUUGUGCUCAUUAUACAGGGUCAUUGUGUCAGACUCUUGUGAUCCUACUGCAGUUGUACUUCCCAAUUUUUCCCGUUUCCUCUUUAGAAAUGCAACUGUCUACACAUGCGGUUGUGUGUUGGCAAGGCUCGCAUAUUCAAGCCUGUUGACAAAUUUGCCGGUGGGCAGAGAUUCGUAAUACUCAUAUUGGCCUGAAAUUUAGGUGUGUGACUUUUAUUUGUGAAUUUUAAGGUAAAAAGAUACAAAAGCUUUUUGAAAUCUAAGAUUAAGAAGAGUUUUCUGUAGAUUUUACUGGGAAGUAUCCAGAUACUGAUGGCAAAAAUGUAGUUUCUUUAUGGUAAUAAUAUCUUUGAAAUGGCUUCACUGAAGAUAACAUGGAAUUUGUUAGGAUUUUUGUCAACAAAAGAUCCUAGGAUAGUUCUGAUUUUUAGUAAUUAAUGUACACCUUCAUGCAACAAGACUUAUGGUUUUUAUGUUGUACCUGUUCACCUGGAAUGUGGUUUUUCAAUGGACAUAGAUUGUAUUGGCUUCCCUUUAAAUAAAUAAGAGGAAACAAAUUCAUAAACCUCUGCAUUUUCUUUUAAGACAUGAAUCUGGAAGAUUAUUUGAAAAACUGGUGAAUAUUUAAAGAACAGUAGUUUCAUAUCAAUACAUGAGGGUGUUAUACAGGAAAAAAUGUUAAUUUGAUUCACUGUUGAGAAUUAGCACUUUCCCUGCUGCUUGCUCAGUUUAUAAGUAGAAAUCAAGAAUUUAUCUUUCACUGGGAGUUGUAUUUUGUAUAUGCAACGUGUGAACUCUGAAAAUUCAUGUUAAAUAAAAAAAGUAUGGCGGAAAUGAAAAUGCUACCCAAAACAUCCUUCUUUAGGUGUUUAAAAAACAGGGAUGUACCAAGUCCUCAGUUUCAGAGAAUCACAGAAAAUAUUGGGACUCAGAUUAGUUAUGAAUAACCUAACCUAUUGAUUUCAAUGCAUUUGACCCUAAUUUGUAAUCUGUGUUGGGUCAAUAUGCCUUGGAAAUCCUAGGUAUUCUGCAGACUUAAGUGUGUCCUGUAUUUCAUUGAAAUAAAUUGUGUGUGCACAGUUAGUGUGAUGAAGAUAUGUUGAAAAAGCAUCGACCUAAGAUCAAGAUCCUCAACUUUUGGAAUCCACAGCUUUUCCUUUUCGCUUUAGUAGGUUCAGGAUUGAAGACCUUGCAUUAAAUCCCAUUUGUCUGUAUAGAGAAGUAAACUGAUUUUCAAACUGCUCACAUUGGCAUUCUUGAGAGUGUAGGUACCUCUAAAAAUAAGUUAAUUCUGUUUGAAAAUAAGUUAUUCAUUAAUCUUUGAAGGUUAUGUGAAAUAGUAUUCUAAAAUGAGGGCUGAUCAACAAAACCUUUGUUUCCUUACGUGAUUGUCAAAUUCAGAAUUUCCUACCUUCAUAUCCCUUAGUUGAUUGCAGAACUGUCAUAGAAAACCUGUUAAUGCUAGGAAGGUUCUUUAGCUCAGGUUUGCAGUGUUGAUGGCAGAACUAGAAACAUACUGCUCUACCUCGGGUUUAUUUUUGUUGCCGGGGGAAUGGGAAAAGGUCGAAAAUUAAGACUGCAAUGUUCUUAAGUAUACUUUAACAAACCAUUUAAUUGUAUUUACUUUUCGGGCACUUACUGUAAAGUGUUAAAUGGAUCUUCUCCAAUGCUUGUAGUUUCCAUGUCCCACUUCUGAUGCCUUUUUUGUACGCAUGCUGAACUUUUUUUAAAAAUUAAAACUUGUUUUCAAAAAUCAAAA